AUGGCUAUAAUGUUAACAGGAGUGUUGCUAACAUUUCCGUCUCCGAUUCCCAUAAUAUCGAUUCCUCCCGAAACAUUUGCUCUUGAUCCAUCACCACCCGAGUCUUCCAUGACGCCCCUAUCGAUAUCUCUCAUUCUAAUUGGCAUGAUUCUCCUUGUCUGGGCCUGGACACAAUAUUUUCGAUUUACAACUCUAAUAGCAAACAAAGUACUUGUCGUUGAGAACACUUGGACAAACUACUUGGUUGUAUUGGUAAUAGGUGGGGUUAUCGGAUGGCUAUAUCUGCAGAAUGCAUUGCAUGACGAUGAAGAUGUAGACAAGUUGAAAGUUGUUGGUCUUGUGAUUUAUUGA